AUGGCGAACCCCUCAACCUGCCCCCCACUAACCCGCCAAUCCGUACAAACCGCCCACAAGCGCAUCGAACCGUACAUCCACCGCACACCCGUGAGAACCUGCGAAACCCUCAACAGCAUCGCCUCCACCGCGCAGUGUGAAAGACCAGACGGCCAGCCCGACACAAUCCCCUCCAAGGGCACCGCGAAGCCGAAAGUGCGGCUAUUCUUCAAAUGCGAGAACGAGCAGAAGAUCGGGGCCUUUAAAGCAAGAGGGGCGUUCCAUGCGUUGGGAAGGUUGAUUGAAGAGGAGGGGUUGGAGAGUGUGAGGAGGGAGGGGGUUGUGACGCAUAGUAGUGGCAACCACGCGCAAGCCCUCGCCUUCGCGGCCAAAACCCACGGCGUGCCCGCGUAUAUCGUGAUGCCCUCCAUCUCCACGCCCUCCAAAAUCGCCGGGACGAGGAGUCAUGGCCCGGAGAUUAUCUUUUCGGGCUCGACCAGCGAUGAGCGGGAGGCGGUUGUGGCGGAAGUGAUUCAGAAGACGGGAGCGACUCUCGUGCCGCCGUACGAUCAUCCGGAUAUCAUGCUUGGGCAGGGAACGCAGGCGUUGGAGCUGGAGGCUCAAGCUGAAGCUUUAAUCGCCCAAGAUCCAUCACUGGGUAUCCAGGGCAAGAAACGACUGGAUGGGAUAAUCGCCCCCAUCGGCGGCGGCGGCAUGCUCAGCGGCAUCUGCACCGCAAUGCACGGCACAGGCAUAAAAGUCUUCGGUGCAGAGCCCAAUUUCGAAGGCGCGAAUGACGCCGAGAUAGGCCUCAAGACCGGGAAACGAGUCGAGAAAGUCAAGACAUUAACAAUAGCAGAUGGACUCAGAACGCCCGUGGGCCAUAUCCCCUGGUCGAUCAUCACCGACAAGGAGAAAUUGGAGGGGAUCUAUAGUGUCAGUGAGGAGCAGAUCAAGGCGGCGCUGAGGCUGGCGAUGGAGAGGGCGAAGGUGUUUAUUGAGCCUAGUGCUGCGGUGCCGUUGGCGGUUGUGUUGUAUAAUGAGGAGUUUAGGGGGAUGUUGGAGAGGGAGGGAGGGGAGGAAGGGUGGAAUUUGGGGGUUGUGUUUAGUGGUGGGAAUACGACUAUGGAGGCUAUUGCGAAGUUGUUUGCUGCGCCGGCGAAGGUUGAGGAGAGGGCGGAAGGGAAGGUGGGGAUUAAUGGGGAGAGGACUGCUGAGAACGUGGCAGGGUAG